AUGGCCCGCCGACCCAGCAAAUAUGGCAACAAUUUCAGAUCGCAGUCGUCAUCGUUUAUACCGAAGAAAGCAAAGACUAUCGGUGUCUCAUCACUACGAUCGAGUGAAGCUACCUCUCAAGAUGAGAAAUUCCAGGCAUUGCGUAUCGCAAACGAGAUCGAUGAGACCAUGGGGUUUGCACGAUAUGAGGCAGGGAAGAAGCGAAUUGGAUGGCUAUGCAAUAUGCACAGUACAACCAUAGAGGAUUCAAAGAUUCCUGGUGGUCGGGCAGCGGUAGAAUUUUAUUUUCUCGAAGACAAUGGCGGCAGCUUCAAAGCAGCUGUCGAAUACGAUCCUUAUUUUCUAAUAGCCACAAAACGAGGACAUGAACUGGAGGUGGAAGAAUGGUGCAAACGAACAUUUGAAGGCUUAGUAAAAAGCAUAAAGGUGGUAGAAAAGGAGGACUUACAGAUGCCAAAUCAUCUACUUGGGUAUAAAAGGAAGUUCCUACAGUUGAGCUUUGCCAACGUCAUGGACUUGCUUGCAGUACGGAAAACUAUCGCUCCUAUUGCCACAAAAAAUAGGAAGAAUGUCAAUGCAAUGGAUACAUAUGCAGAACUUGCGAGUGCUAAUGCUGGAUUUGAUCUCUUCGACGAUGAUGUUAACAGUCGUGGACAAAACUCACUGCAGGAUGCCACAGACUAUAUCGUGGAUAUCAGGGAGUAUGAUGUUCCCUACCAUGUCCGUGUCUCAAUUGAUAAAGAUAUCCGCAUUGGGAAAUGGUACACGGUCCAAUCAAUCCAAGGGCUAAUAUCAUUGACUUGUCUCGAGGAAAGGCUUCAAAGAGCCGACCCAGUUGUCCUUGCAUAUGAUAUAGAAACUACAAAACUCCCACUGAAAUUCCCGGAUGCUGCGAUUGACCAGAUAAUGAUGAUAUCAUAUAUGAUUGAUGGUCAAGGUUAUCUGAUAACAAACAGAGAGAUUGUCUCUGAGGACAUCAAUGAUUUCGAAUAUACUCCUAAAUCUGAAUACCAUGGCCCUUUCACAAUUUUCAACGAGCCAGACGAGAAAAGAGUCCUUGAGCGUUUCUUUGACCACAUCAAGAAGGCAAAACCUAGCGUUAUCGUCACCUAUAACGGUGAUUUUUUCGAUUGGCCUUUUGUUGAGGCGCGAGCAAGUGUCCAAGGGAUUGAUAUGUACGCCGAAAUUGGCUUUCGAAAAAACAGCGAAGACAUUUACCAAAGCGAUUAUUGCGUUCAUAUGGAUGCGUUUUCUUGGGUAAACCGAGACAGUUAUCUACCACAGGGAAGCCGUGGUUUAAAGGCUGUUACAGUUGCGAAGCUAGGUUACGAUCCUGAUGAGCUCGACCCAGAAUUAAUGACCAAAUAUGCAAGCGAACGGCCCCAAACCCUGGCAGAAUACUCAGUUUCUGAUGCCGUAGCGACGUAUUAUCUAUAUAUGAAAUAUGUCCAUCCUUUUAUCUUUUCACUUUGUACCAUUAUUCCCCUGAGUCCUGACGAGGUUCUUCGAAAAGGCACUGGAACCCUGUGCGAAAUGUUGCUGAUGGUCCAAGCAUAUCAACAUAACAUUAUAUUGCCCAAUAAACACAUGGACCCGAAUGAAUCGUUCUAUGAGGGCCAUCUCCUCGACUCCGAGACUUAUGUUGGAGGCCACGUGGAGAGUAUAGAGGCUGGUGUAUUUCGCUGUGAUAUUCCUGUUAAUUUCACCAUUGAUACUACGGCUAUCGAUGAGCUCCUUCGUGACCUUGAUGCAGCACUUGAAUUCAGUAUUACUGUCGAAGAAAAGAAGUCUCUUGAAGAUGUGGUUAAUUACUCUGAAGUCAAGGCGCAGAUUACAGAAAGACUACUGAAACUGAAAGAUUCACCUAACCGGAAGGAAAGACCAUCCAUCUACCAUUUGGAUGUUGCAUCUAUGUACCCAAACAUUAUGACUACCAACCGGCUGCAGCCAGAUUCAAUGAUCAAGGAGUCAGACUGUGCCGCAUGUGACUUCAAUAGGCCUGGGAAAACCUGCGACAGGCGCCUUCCGUGGUCAUGGAGAGGAGAAUUUUUGCCUGCGAAGCGUGAUGAAUAUAACAUGAUACGGCGUGCAGUUGCGAAUGAAAAAUUUCCCGGGAAGACGAAACACCACCCCCCAAGGAGCUUUGAGAGCCUCAGUGAGAGCGAGCAAGCCACUAUUGUGAAAAAAAGAUUGCAAGAAUACAGCAAGAAAAUUUAUCACAAGAUUCGUGAAACUAGAACUAUUGAACGUGAAGCCAUCAUCUGCCAGAGAGAAAAUCCAUUCUAUGUUGAUACUGUCCGGAACUUUAGAGAUCGAAGAUAUGAUUUUAAAGGCAAACAGAAGGUAUGGAAAGGCAAAGUAGAGUCUCUCAAGUCUUCUGGUGCCGCAAACUCGGAGAUUGAGGAAGCUAAAAAAAUGGUCGUUUUAUUUGACUCUCUACAGCUUGCCCAUAAGGUUAUUUUGAACAGUUUCUACGGAUACGUGAUGAGAAAAGGUUCCCGGUGGUAUUCUAUGGAGAUGGCUGGAGUCACUUGCCUGACUGGUGCACAUAUUAUUCAAAUGGCAAGGGAACUAGUGGAACGAAUUGGGCGUCCCCUAGAGCUAGAUACAGAUGGUAUUUGGUGCAUGUUACCAGCUACUUUCCCCGAGAAUUUCGUAUUCAAACUCGUGAAUGGUAAAAAGCUUGCCAUCUCAUACCCUUGCGUCAUGUUGAACCAUCUGGUUCACGGGAGGUUCACCAAUGAUCAAUAUCAAACCCUCACAGAUCCUGCUACAUUCAAAUACACAACCCACAGUGACAACUCCAUCUUUUUCGAGGUUGACGGGCCUUAUAGGGCUAUGAUCCUCCCAACCUCAAAAGAAGAGGAUAAGAACUUGAAGAAGCGUUAUGCUGUAUUUAACCACGACGGAUCUCUUGCCGAGCUGAAGGGAUUCGAAGUUAAGCGAAGAGGAGAACUUAAACUCAUCAAAGUGUUCCAGACUCAAAUAUUCAAGUUCUUCCUCGAGGGUACUACUCUCGAAGAGACGUAUGGUGCUGUCGCCGAAGUCGCGAAUAGGUGGUUAGAUGUCUUGCAUAUGCACGGCUCAACACUUGCUGAUGAAGAACUCAUCGACAUGAUCUGUGAAAAUAGGAGCAUGUCUAAAACCAUUGAAGAAUAUGGGGGUCAGAAAUCAACAUCUAUUACGACAGCGAAACGACUUGCUGAAUUCUUGGGGGAGCAGAUGAUUAAAGACAAAGGGUUAAACUGCAAAUAUAUCAUUUCUUCGGCCCCCAGAAAUUCACCCAUUACAGAAAGAGCCGUUCCAGUUGCCAUAUUUUCAGCCGAGGACAAUAUUAAACGGUUCUUCCUACGCAAAUGGAUGAAGGAGGAUCCUGGUGAUAUGGAUCCCCGUACAAUCAUCGACUGGGACUACUACCUGGAACGGUUGGGAUCUGUUAUUCAGAAGUUGAUAACUAUACCUGCUGCACUGCAAAAGAUUUCAAAUCCCGUUCCUAGAGUGGCUCAUCCAGAUUGGCUUCAGCGAAGGAUCAAUACCAAAGAAGAUAGAUUCAAACAAAAGAAGAUGACUGAACUGUUUACGAAAAAUCCAUUAGCCAAUCUGUCAACAAACAUAAUGGAUCAUCGUAUUCCUGCAGCAGGAGAUAUCGAGGACUUGAUGCAACGAGGAAGCCAGAAGCCAGGUACACAGCCAGGGAACAACCACACCCAGAAACGAAAAGCGCCUGGGGAUACGGUUACAUCGCAAGACCCUUUUGCGAGUCUUCCGCCAACAAUGCCGUCAAUAACUGAGAACUAUGAAGAUUGGUUGCGAUACCAGAAACAGAAAUGGAAGAUUCAGAAACAGGCACGACUCAGACGCCGUAAGCUCUUCGGUGCUAUGAAAACUACAGCCUCCGACUCAAUUGGUGGUUUCUUCCGAAACCAGGCUGAACUUACAUACGUUAAUACAUGGCAGAUAUUGCAACUUCGGGAGACUGGCAGCCCAGGUGAAGUAAGGGCAUUCGUACUAAUUGAUCGUAAAGUGCACACUAUUACCAUCAAAAUCCCGCGUCAUAUUUUUAUCAACUUCAAGGAUGUGGAUUUACCUGAUGUUGAUAUCACUGAUUGCUCAGUUCAGAAAGUAAACCACACGCUGCCAAAUGGCCAUCCCUCCGUUCAUCUAUUCCAAUUGAGUAUGCCAGAAGAGGUAUAUCUGAGAGAAGCAUCGAAAAUAUCCUUGUUACUCAAUCACCCAAGUGUCGAAGGGGUGUAUGAGAAAAAAGUGCCCUUCAAUAUUCGGGCUGUCCUUAAACUUGGAAAUCACUGUACCUUUGAUGAAGAUCAGCGAGGUGUCCUAGGUAAAGGCUUAGAACAUGGUUUUGACUUGUCGACCCUUCUUCCUGCACCUGAACCGGGUGUCUAUCUUGAGGGAGCAGAAUUUCAAUACGUCCUCCUCUAUCAUAUAGUCUCAGGAGAACGCGAGAUAUUCUCAGUUUUCUCGACGCAAUCUAAAGAAGCGUAUAUUGUGACUUACACAAAACAGAGAGAUUUCCAAGGGUUUCCCAAUGUUGACAGAGUCUUCGCCGAAGCACGUCAGCGGAAAGCAAGCGAGCAAAAUAGCGAAACGUGGCAGCAAAUAUUUGAGUACCAGGAAAAGCUACAUUUCAGGACAACUCAGGUUACAACAAAACGGAAAGCUCACCUUGAAGUCGGUGACAUUAUAAAAAAGUUCCGCAAUGAGAAUACCAUGCCAAUGAUGGUCGUGGUCCAGUCACCCAAAUGUCGCCAACUUCCUCAUCUAAUUUCCAGUCUGAAAGAAUAUCCAAUGAUAUCCCUGAGGUCCAAUGCGUCAGAUAAUGAACUGCCACCGCUCGGUUGGCAAGCUUAUGCCGCAAGACAAAUUGUGAUGCACUACUUGGCACUGGAUUCCUGGAUUAGCCAUCUACUCGGAUUUGCAAGAUACGGCAAUGUCCCAAUUGGUAACCUCGAGAAGGACGACCCUAAGCAUUUGAUCGAUAUUCUCUAUGCUCGUCGGCUUGAACAGAGCAAUGUUGUCUUAUGGUGGUCCUCCAGCCCACUUCCAGAUCAUGGUGGCUAUGAGAAAGAUAACAUUUUAGGCCCGUUGAAUUCGGUCGAGAUGACCUCUGUCAAUACUCCCGGCUCAUAUUCCACUGUUUGUAUUGAGCUCGAAGUUCGAAAUCUUGCGAUUAAUACUGUCCUUACUUCCUCACUCAUCAGUGAUCUUGAGAGUAAUGAGCCUGCGUUGCUAAACCCAGCAGCCCCGGGAGACCAAGAAAGCGCUUCAGAUGGAACUGGCGUUUUAUAUUCGGACACCGCUUUUUCUGCUGUGGGUAUACUUGUUUUGCGUGAUAUGGUAAAGUCAUGGUGGAAUGAGGCUUGUAAAGGUAAUGGAAUGGCGGAUGUAAUGGUCCAGCAUCUCAUUCGAUGGGUGGAAAGCGCAGAUUGCUGUUUAUAUGAUCAUUCAUUAUACCAGUAUAUGCAAAUACUCCUAAAAAAGGCCUUACAACAACUUAUCAUGGCCUUCAAACGAGUCGGGUCUAAUGUUAUCUACGCAAAUCCAAACAGACUGGUUCUCCAGACGACCAAAACUGAGGUUGGAAACGCUUACGCAUACAGCAAAUAUAUCCUAAAUUCUAUCAAGGAAAAACCAUUGUUUCACUUCCUUGACAUUGACAUCAAGGAAUACUGGGAUUAUUUGAUCUGGUAUGAUGAAUUUAAUUAUGGUGGCAAGGCAUGUCAGGAAGUUGUCGCAGCAGAUAAUCAAGAAUUGGAGGCAAUUAUGAACUGGCAGAUUAGCAGAUUUUUACCUAUUCCGCUACAAUCUGUUUUUGUGGACUGGAUUGUGGAAUACGUUGAGAUAAUGCAUGGGCUCAAGAAGCCGGCUGCUGGGCAAGGCGAGGCUGAUGGAACCCCUCGACAGACACAACUCCCAUCCCGACCUGAAGAAGACAGCGAGAGCGUCGAGAUAACUUCAGUGCUGAGUCAAUCCUUCUCCAAAGCACUAAAGAAACAGAUAGUUGGCUUAAUUCGUCGACAGCGUGACGAGAUGCUCCAUCCUGAGCUAGCCUCCGAUUACGACUUCCCCGUACUUCCUGGCGCAGCUCCAUCCGAACAUGAACGAAACCCAACCCUAGAGUUGGUUAAAUAUCUCAUGCAUAUCCUCGGGCUUUCUAAAUAUACCGCGCUGGAGGUGAGGCUUCUGCGUCGAGACCUCCUCACUCUAUUCGACAUUCGCGAGUUUAGUGACGAAGGGAAAUUCGAAAGCCCAAGCUCGAGCCUUGUAAUGGCACAAAUAAUAUGUCACAACUGUACUAUGGCUCGGGACCUAGACCUCUGUCGUGACCCCGAAUUGCUCCCUGAGAGCGGGACUGAAAAUAAUGCGUCAACGACUCUUCCUCCAUGGACAUGCCCGUACUGCUCUACCGAGUACGAUCGGCUGUUCCUCGAGGAGAGAAUCAUUGGCGAGGUUCAUGGCCUCGUUAUGGAAUGGCAAGCGCAGGACCUUAAGUGCGCAAAAUGUGCUGGUAUAAUGAUUAACCCAUUCAUGGAACACUGCUCAUGUAGCGGUGAAUGGGUUGGGACUAUAGACAGGCGUGCUAUAGAGAAGAAGCUGCAGGUGUACCAAAGCAUAGCUGAUUUUUAUGGCUUCAAAAUGUUGUCCAUGGUUACGAAAGGCGUUUUGGAAAGCAUAUGA